AUGAACGAAGAAAUUAGGACCAUAUUAAAAAAAAUAUUGGAAAUGCAACUUGAUUGUACUUAAAUGCUUACAACAAUCCUCUUUAAAAAUGAUGAUUCUUAUAAAGAUGAAGAAUUACAUACAACUAAAAUAUUGUUAGAAGAACAAAAGAAUUAAAUUGAAUUAGGUGAUAAAAAAUAAAAGAAAAAACAUAUUAAUAAUGAUAAAUCUGGAGAAGUAGUAAAUUAAAUAAUUUCUGAUCAUCAUUAAAAUGUAAUUUUAGAUAAUAAUACUCAAUUAAAAUUAACUCCCUAAGAGGGUUAUUAAAAACUCAAUCAUAUUAUUUAAGAAUUUAGAUAGAGAAAUAAAUUAACAAUAAAACCUUAAAGUUGUGAUUUUGAAUAUAUUAAGAAUUAUCAUAGUAAAAAUAAGUUUAAGGAACUAAGAAAUAUGAUAAAAUUAGUAGUAAAUAGAAUUGAAAAUAAGAAAAUGGUAAUCUAAAAAGCAAAUGGAUAAAAAAUUAUUUAAUGUCCUUCUUGUGAUUUUUAAGGGUUUUCUGGAGUUUAUUUUCCUCAUAUUUUAAAGAAGCAUUGUUAGAAUUAUUAUAUCUUCAGUUGUUUCUUAUGUUUUAGAGAUUUUUAAUCAUAUAUCUUAUUAAAAAAACAUCUGAAAAGAUAUCAUAAAUAAGUUUUGAAUAAUAGUUCUGAUAUAGAAAUAAUUAAGAUUCAAUAUGAUGAUAAUGAUAAUGAUUUAAGUAUUAAUAUUUGAGUUUUUUGAUUUCAUUAUUUCAAUUUACAUUUAUAUACUAUAAAAAUUCUAUGAGUCUAUUGUGAUUCAAAAGUAAAAUAUUAUAUAAAUUUAAAUUAAACAUAAUUAUUAUGUCUGAAUACUUUAGAAAGUAUAUCAAAAAAGAGAAUUAUCCAAAUCAUUUGUAAUUAUAUAUUCAUAUCUAUCCUUUUUAGUUCAAAUAUUAAAUAUAAGACUUCUUUUAGAAAUUGUAUAUUAGAAGUAUCAAUUAUUAAUUAAUACUAUAAUAGGCUUUUAAAAGAAGAAAUUGGAAAGAAACUGAUGGUGAUGAUUGGGAUAUUAUGUGGGCAGAAAAAGAAUGGAUACAUGAAGUUAUGGAUCAUAUACAUCUUCAACAGCAUUAAAAAAUAAAUCAUUUUCGUAAUCACUACGAAGUAUUAUAGAAUUAUUAAGUAGCUUACACGAAAAGAUUUGAUGAUAAAAAAUCUUAAAAAAUAAAAAAGGAUGUUAGAAAAGGAAGGAAAAAUAGAUGAAGCUAAUUCGUAUAUUAAUAUUCCUUUUAACGAUUUAGUUAUAAUUUUUUCCCACUUACAUUUCAUUUACCAAGUGAAUAUCCAAUCUUUAAUGAAGAAUUCAAGAAAUAGGGUGAUAAUAAAACUGCUUGGAUUAUGAAACCUGUAUAUUUUAUAACAUAUAAUAUAAGAUAGGAAAAUCAUAAGGAAGAGGCAUAUUUUUAUUUAAUAAAAUACAACAAAUCUCUUAAUGGAAAAAUUAAGUUAAAUUUAAUCCAGAAAACCCAUCUGCUGAAUCUUAUAUAGUUUAAAGAUAUAUAGCAGAUCCUCUUUUGAUUGGAGGUAAAAAGUUUGAUGCUAGAAUUUAUUUAUUAUGCACUUCCUAUUCUCCUUUAACUUUAUAUUUAUAUAGAACAGGUUUUGCUAGAUUCACUCAUCAUAGAUAUGAUAAUGAAGACAUUACUAAUACAUGUAUUAAUUAUAAAUCAAUUUUAGAUGUACAUUUAACAAAUGUUGCAAUAUAAAAAACAUCAGAUAAUUAUGAUGAAAAAUUGGGUGGCAAAUGGGAUUUAUAAAAAUUAAAAUUAUUUUUAAUGACAAAAUAUGGAUAAGAAAAAGUUUAAGAAUGUUUUUAUAAUAUCCAAUAAUUAAUGAUUAAAUCAUUAUAAGCAGUAUAAAAAAUUAUCAUAAAUGAUAAACAUUGUUUUGAAUUAUAUGGAUUUGAUAUUCUAUUUGAUUCUUAAUUAAAGCCAUGGCUAUUAGAAGUUAAUGCAAGGUUAAUAUAUAUUUAAUUUAAUAAAGUCCUUCAAUGACUUCUAAUACUCCUAUUGAUUUUGAAUUAAAAUGUGGGUUGCUUGAUGAUGUUUAUACAAUCAUCGAUCUAGAAAAGAUAUUAACUGGAAAUGAAGAAUAAAUUGGAGGAUUUGAUUUAAUAUACAAAGGAGGACCAAUUAAAUCAUAAUAUUUCGCUUCAUAAAUAUCUUUUUUAGGUACUUUUAAUAAUAGAAAAAUAAAUUUAAAAAAAUUAGCCAAAACAUAUGGUAAUUAAAUUUAAUUUAUAUUAGCUAUAAGAUUAAGCUAAAUGACUCCUUAGUAAUAAAUAAAAAGUUAAGAAGGAGUAAAAAAAGAUAAAGAUGAUAAAUAAAUUAGAAGUUCUUCAAAGAGUUCUUAAGUUCAUCAAGUAUAAUACAAUUCUAUAUAAAGAAUACAAAUAUAUAGAAUAAAGUAGUUAAUUAACCAAAAAGUAUUGUAAAUAUAAAACGAACUUCAACUGAAUUACCAAUAUUAAUGAAUAAAUAAAAUGCUUUAAGAAAGGAUGUUAAUUAAUAAAAAUAAACUAUAUCUGUUUUAUAAAAAAAUGAAUUAGAAUAAAAUUAAAAUAAAAUGUAAUUAUAAUAUAUCUAUUUAUUAGAUUUUCAUAGUUAAAUAAUUCUGCAUUUAGUCCUUAUUAAUAAAAUGAUAGUGUUACAAAUUAUAAUAGAGAAACAAAAAAUAGUUUCUAAAUUUUACCAAAGAUUAAUAAACCAGAAUCUUUUAUAUCAGAUACAUGA